AUGAGGAAUUCAAAAUAUUACAUGCUUCUAACAGUAGCUCUUGUGAGCUACUUUGGAGUUUCAAAACUGAUAUUUGACAAAAUCUACAACACCAUACAGACAGUUGUAGAUGAACUAUAUCAUUUACAGCAGGGCAUGAGCUAUUGCAACCAUAACUUCACAUAUUGGAAUGAAAAGAUCACUACACCACCGGGAUUAUAUCUUGUCUCUACAGCAUUCGUUUCACCGUUCUUAACAUGCAACAUAUACAACUUGAGAUUUGUUAACUUGUUAGCAUCCUGUAUUAACUUAUUACUGUUCUCAUCUAUGUUGAGAUUUAUAUAUGGAAGUCACUCUGAAAGUCCCGUGAAGAUUGUACUGCAAGCGUUAAAUUUGACCAUUCUACCACCUUUGUACUUCUUCUCUCACAUCUAUUAUACAGACACUUUGUCUAUGACCUUCCUACUGGCUUUUACAAGGCUUUGCUUUAGCAAUAGAAAUAGAAUUAUUAUGUUUGUCUAUGGAUUGUGGAGCAUGCUCAUGAGACAGACUAAUGUGGUAUGGAUAGCCAUGGUUUUUGGGCACAAGGCCUUAGAUAUAUUUAUAAGGAGUUCCAGAGUUUUUGGCAAUCAUUACUUGAGUAGGACAACGUUAAGCCAACAGUCGGUAAUUGCUAAAGAUAUUGACUCGUCCAAGUUGAAACGAUACUAUGGCAUUACUGAUGUUCUUAUUGCUUUAAAAUAUCACAUAUCUACUAAUUUUAUGACAUUCUUAAAAUUUAUAAAAUUUCAGGACUUGCUACUUUUGGUUACACAAGGUGUUUUGAUGGGUUCUUUCAUUUUAUUUGUAAUUAUUAACGAAGGUAUUGUUGUUGGAGAUAAGAAGGCUCAUGAGGCUGCCAUUCAUAUGCCCCAAUUACUGUAUUUCUUGUUGUUCUAUGGUGUAUUUGGACUACCGUAUGUCCUGGCAAAAGUUCCAUCAACCUUAAAAUUGAUUCUCUCAAAUAAAACUAAAGCUUUGAUACUUUUAAUUUUAUUCGUAAUAAUAGUACAUUACAAUACAAUAACUCAUCCAUAUUUAUUAGCUGAUAAUCGGCAUUACACAUUUUAUAUAUGGAAUCGUUGGUUCGGAAAGUACAGUCAUGCAAAAUACACUACAACACCCGUCUACGUCUUCUUGCUAUUUAGUUUGUAUGACAAUUUGAAAGAUCAAAACUGUAUAUCAUUUCUCCUCCCAUACUUUGCUAGUACCUUUGUUGUGGUUGCGUUGCAAAAAAUGAUAGAAAUCCGGUACUUUUUGGUUCCAUAUAUAAUUCUCAGGCUUCGGUUUGUACGACCUACAUAUGAGAUUGUUUUAUUUGAAUUUAUUUGGUAUUUAAUUAUAAAUGCUCUCACAUUCAAUGUGUUCUUCACUAAAGAGAUAUAUUGGAAAGAUUUUGAGUAUGCCCAAAGAAUUAUCUGGUAG